AGAUCCUGUCUCAAAAAUAAAUAAAUAAAAAUUAAAAUUAAAAAAAAAAUAAAUUGGAGAAGGCAAAUUCACCCUGCCCUCACCACCCUGUGCCUCCUCCAGGCUCCCGCUGCUCCUCUCCCUGUUGGCGUUGUUGCUGCUUCUGUUGGUGGGGGCCUCCCUGCUAGCCUGGAGGAUGUUUCAGAAACGGAUCAAAGCUGGUGAGCAUUCGGAGCUGUCCCAGAACCCCAAGCAGGCUGCCGAGCAGAGUGAGCUGCACUACGCGAAUCUGGAGCUACUGUCGUGGCCUCUGCAGGAAGAGCCAGCACCACCAAGAGAGGUGCAGGUGGAAUACAGCACCGUGGCCGCCCCCAGGGAAGAACUUCACUAUGCCUCGGUGGUGUUUGAUUCUAACAGAGCUGCUCAGAGGCCCCGGGAGAAAGAACCAGAUUCACAUUACAGUGAGAUAAAGAAGACAUAGGCCUUUGUCCUGCCUCACUGUCCGGAGGUCUCAUGGGCCCCAGGAAGUCCAGGGAUGGCUCCCUUAUCCCUGGCCCACGUCCUUCUCAGCCUGCCCUUGACGACAGUGACCAACAGACAGGCAGCUGGGUUUCCCAGGCUGUCCCUCUGUUGCCAUCAGCUCGACUGGCUUCCCUGAGGGCCAGCAGGGCUGGGGACUCCGGGGAGCAGCAGGAAGCACUCCCAGUCACCAGCACCUGUCGCUCCUUUCUCCUUUGCCCCUGCUUCAUCCCGGCUCUGUGUGUGGAGGACGAAGAUCAUUCGCGUGGCUCCAGGAAAAGAUGUGGCUUACGUAGGCGGCACCUGCCAAUAGCUUUGUCAAUCACAGCCCCACAGGAAUGUCUGGAAUUGCUUGGGAGCUGGGGAGAACUGUCAAGAAGAGCCAAGGGAGUGCCAAAGCGGAGAUUUAUUCACGUGGGGGCCAUGGCGGGGGGACCCACUAAAGAUCAAGAUCAAAGAUCCUCCCCACCUCACAGACAAGGAAACUGAGGCCAGAGGGAGGAGAGAAUUGCUCAUGGCUCCAGGACUGGUGGCAAGUUUCUCUGGACUCCUAGGUUUAUUUUUAAUAUGAGAUAUAAAAACAGUUUCAAAUAUCUUAUUAAGGGAAAAGUAAAAAGUUAUUUAAACAAUG